CUGCGAGAGGGAGGAGCGCAUCCUGAUGCAGAGAUGCUGCAGUGGCUCGGGGCGCGCACACACAUACGCACCCUCGCCCGCUACCGCCACGCCAGGACAGCCAGUGGCUAAGGCCGGCGGGGCCAAGCAGCCCCGAGGCUGGCGGCAGGGUCUGCUCACCAGACGGCCGCAGCACUGCCCCAGCCAACACCCUUCCCGCACUCUAGGUGUGUUUCAGUCUCUCCUGACUCUCCUGGAGCUCUGGGCUGUGGAUCCUCUCUUCUGGACUCUGUCUUCACCUGAAACACCCACCAUGGGAGCACCGGUCAGGAAAGGGGCAAGCUUGCUGCUGGUGGUGCUGGCCACAGUGGCUCUGAUCUCCUCUCCAGGAUGGAGUUUUUCCCAGGGAACCCCAGCUACCUUUGGACCCGUCUUUGAAGAGCAACCUGUUGGCCUGCUAUUCCCAGAGGAGUCUGCUGAGGAUCAGGUGACACUGGCAUGCCGUGCCCGAGCUAGCCCUCCAGCCACCUAUAGGUGGAAGAUGAACGGCACAGAUAUGAACCUGGAACCUGGCUCCCGUCACCAGCUGAUGGGGGGCAACCUGGUCAUCAUGAGUCCCACCAAGGCACAGGAUGCUGGUGUCUACCAGUGCCUAGCCUCUAACCCAGUAGGCACUGUCGUCAGCAAGGAAGCUGUCCUCCGUUUCGGCUUCCUACAGGAAUUCUCCAAGGAGGAGAGGGACCCCGUGAAAACCCACGAGGGCUGGGGGGUGAUGCUGCCCUGUAACCCACCUGCCCAUUACCCAGGUUUGUCCUACCGGUGGCUCCUCAAUGAGUUCCCUAACUUCAUCCCAACGGAUGGGCGUCACUUCGUGUCCCAGACCACAGGGAACCUGUACAUUGCCCGCACCAACGCCUCGGACCUGGGCAACUAUUCUUGCCUGGCUACCAGCCACCUGGACUUCUCCACCAAGAGCGUCUUCAGCAAAUUCGCGCAGCUCAACCUGGCUGCUGAAGAUCCCCGGCUCUUUGCUCCCAGUAUCAAAGCCCGGUUCCCCCCAGAGACCUACGCACUGGUUGGGCAGCAGGUCACCCUGGAGUGCUUUGCCUUUGGGAACCCUGUCCCCAGGAUCAAGUGGCGCAAAGUGGAUGGUUCCUUGUCCCCUCAGUGGGGCACAGCAGAGCCCACCCUGCAGAUCCCCAGCGUGAGCUUUGAAGAUGAGGGUACCUACGAAUGCGAGGCAGAGAACUCCAAGGGCCGUGACACUGUCCAGGGACGCAUCAUUGUGCAAGCUCAGCCUGAGUGGCUAAAGGUGAUCUCAGACACAGAAGCCGACAUUGGCUCCAACUUACGUUGGGGCUGCGCAGCAGCAGGCAAACCCCGGCCCAUGGUGCGCUGGCUGAGAAACGGGGAACCUCUGGCCUCCCAGAACCGGGUGGAGGUCUUGGCUGGGGACCUGCGAUUUUCUAAGCUGAGCCUGGAGGACUCCGGCAUGUACCAGUGUGUGGCAGAAAACAAGCAUGGCACGAUCUAUGCCAGUGCUGAGCUGGCUGUACAAGCUCUGGCCCCAGACUUCAGGCAGAACCCUGUGAGGCGGCUGAUCCCUGCAGCCCGAGGGGGAGAGAUCAGUAUCCCGUGCCAGCCCCGUGCGGCUCCAAAAGCUACCAUACUUUGGAGCAAGGGUACUGAGAUUCUGGGGAACGGUACCAGGGUGACUGUCACUUUGGAUGGCACCUUGAUUAUCAGAAACAUCAGUCGAUCGGACGAAGGAAAAUACACCUGCUUUGCUGAGAACUUCAUGGGCAAAGCCAACAGUACUGGGAUCCUGUCUGUGCGCGAUGCAACGAAGAUCACGCUAGCUCCUUCUAGUGCUGACAUCAAUGUGGGUGAUAACCUGACCCUACAGUGCCACGCCUCACAUGACCCCACUAUGGACCUCACGUUCACCUGGACCCUGGAUGACUUCCCUGUUGACUUUGAUAAGCCUGGAGGUCACUAUCGGAGAGCCAGUGUGAAGGAGACCAUCGGGGACCUGACUAUCCUGAAUGCCCAACUACGCCACGGAGGGAAGUACACAUGCAUGGCCCAGACGGUGGUAGACGGUGCAUCCAAAGAGGCCACAGUCCUGGUCCGAGGUCCCCCAGGUCCUCCCGGGGGUGUGGUGGUGAGAGACAUUGGAGACACCACUGUCCAGCUUAGCUGGAGUCGUGGCUUUGACAAUCACAGCCCCAUUGCCAAGUACACCCUGCAAGCACGGACUCCGCCCUCAGGGAAAUGGAAGCAGGUUCGAACCAAUCCUGUGAAUAUCGAGGGCAAUGCCGAGACUGCUCAGGUGCUGGGACUCAUGCCUUGGAUGGACUAUGAGUUUCGGGUUUCAGCUAGCAACAUCUUGGGCACUGGGGAGCCCAGCGGCCCCUCCAGCAAAAUCCGCACUAAGGAAGCAGUCCCCUCUGUGGCACCAUCAGGACUCAGUGGAGGAGGAGGAGCCCCUGGAGAGCUUACCAUCAACUGGACUCCCAUGUCACGGGAGUACCAGAAUGGAGACGGCUUCGGCUACCUGCUGUCCUUCCGCAGGCAAGGCAGCUCCAGUUGGCAGACGGCCCGGGUGCCCGGCGCUGAUACCCAGUACUUCGUCUACAGCAAUGACAGCAUCCAUCCCUACACACCCUUUGAGGUCAAGAUCCGAAGCUACAAUCGCCGGGGGGAUGGGCCUGAGAGCCUCACUACCAUCGUGUACUCAGCAGAGGAAGAGCCCAAGGUGGCCCCUGCCAAGGUCUGGGCCAAGGGUUCCUCAUCCUCAGAGAUGAACGUGAGCUGGGAGCCUGUGCUACAAGACAUGAAUGGCAUUCUCCUGGGGUAUGAGAUUCGCUACUGGAAAGCUGGGGACAAAGAAGCAGCCGCUGACCGAGUGAGGACGGCAGGGCUAGACUCCAGUGCCCGAGUCACCGGCCUGUACCCCAACACCAAGUACCACGUAACUGUGAGGGCCUACAACCGGGCUGGCACCGGACCAGCUAGCCCUUCAGCCGAUGCCAUGACCAUGAAGCCCCCGCCACGGCAACCUCCUGGCAACAUCUCUUGGACUUUCUCAAGUUCCAGCCUCAGCCUUAAGUGGGACCCUGUGGUUCCUCUCCGAAAUGAAUCUACAGUCACUGGCUACAAGAUGCUGUAUCAGAAUGACCUGCACCCAACUCCUAUGCUCCACCUCACCAGCAAGAACUGGAUAGAAAUACCAGUACCUGAAGACAUCGGUCACGCUCUGGUGCAGAUUCGAACCACGGGGCCUGGAGGGGAUGGGAUGCCAGCCGAAGUCCACAUUGUGAGAAAUGGAGGCACCAGCAUGAUGGUGGAGAGCGCAGCCGUCCGCCCCGCCCAUCCUGGUCCCGUGUUCUCCUGCAUGGUUAUACUGAUGCUCGCCGGCUGCCAGAGGCUCUGAUCUCAACACUGCCUGCCACGCCCAAGCUGGACACCCACCCUAACAGACACCGCGGCUGGCCACAGCCCCCCUCCAACGCCAAGGUGGUCCAACACUGCCUGAGAGUGGGCUGGCUUAGUCACCUACUCCCAACAGUACCCUUUAUGUAGGAGGUAGGAUAUUUCUAUCCUGCCACAGGAUAGAAUCAGGCAAGGAAUUUUUCUUUAAAUCAAGAGGCACUGGGCAGUGACUUCCAUGAUAAUACUAGGCCUAAUGCCUGGACCCUCUGGGAUCCUGGACAGAAGGAAAAAGCCUUUGGAUAGAAGGUAUUUGAUAUACAUCUUCAGAUCAAGUGGACAGCCCUCUGGGACCACAAGUGGGCACUGCAAUCUCUCUGGGAUGAGAGUCCCAGGCCCAGCAGGAACAUGGGCAGCAGUGGGCUAUCAAUUCCCUUCUAUGAAGCAAAGGGACCUCUCCUAGUCCUCCAUGGAGAAGCACCACAGUUAGUCCCCACAUGGUCUUCUAUGGCUCCCUGGCAGUCCUGCUUGCUCAGUAGCCAAGAACAAGGUCCUGGGUUACUGGGGAUAAGAACUCUAAAGAGUUGAGAGACUGCACCACCUGAUGGAAAGGGGCACCAGACUAAGGCCCAGUCACCACCCCAGUGGCACUGCCCCCUCAGCCAGCACUGCCAUCCCUGCCAUCCUCCAGAUGGAAUGGUGGAGUGACAGGGCCACUUGAGGUGGCUACAUGACUAAAGGGCUUGUCUCGAGAAGUUGCCUUGCCUCAUCAGGAUGCUCCCUUCAUGGACCCUCCAGGGUAGGGGCAGACGACGCCCAUCUGAAUGCCGUGCUUGUCCCUUCAGCCCGGCUGCAGAUUUGUGCCUGCCUCCUCCUCCCAUGACUGCAGGCCCUGGAAACCAGCUCUCAACACGGCAUCCAUUCUUUGUCCUGGGAUGGAGAGGCAUCUGAGAAGGGCCAGCAUCAAUGUGGCCCUGCUUGCUUUCAGGAAUACCCUCCAUCACCUGGCCACACCUGUUCCCCAAACUGCUUGGACUACUCUCUUGGGUCCCCAGAAGGAGAGAGAGUUAAUAAGGUGGUGGUGGUGGAGGAGGAGGUAGCCUGCCUUGAGCUCUGGGUACGUUACCCGUGACAGACCGGACUACAGGAGCUGAAGAAGCCUUACAGUUUGACUUAUCCAUACCUUGCCCUUAACAGAUGAGGAAAUGGAGGUCCAGAAAGGGUUAGGGACUUCUUAGGGUCACAUGGUCUGUAAGUGACAAGGCUUGGUCAAGUACCAGAGUCUCCUCCCCACCCGUGGGAGGCUCUGUGGAGGAGAGAGGUAUGGUGCGCUGGGCAGUCACCGCCUGGUCUCUAGGAUGAGCCCUCUGCUUCAAGAGGUUCAGGGUGCUGAGAAGAUCAACAUAGAUGCGCUCGGUCCAAGGCACAGGCAGAUUCCAGGAGUCAUCAGCCUGAGGCUGGCUUCUGCGGGGAACUCAGCAGGGAGAGCUGGCUGGGGCCUCUCAGGCUCUCUCUUUUCAUUUCAAGAAAAGAGGCCAAAGCAAGGACAGAGUUCCCUAGACCAGGACCCUGUGCAGCCCGACCAGAAAUCAUCGCCAGUGUCCACGCCCUGGGCCCGUGGGAGCAGCAGAGCAGGCGUUUCGAGAGGCGCUUGCCCUGCUGUUCCUUGGGCCAUUUCUGUAGUUUACAGUUAGAGCUCUAUUUUGUUAUGGGUUUUUAAAACUUUAAGCCCUGCUCUGUUUUUCUGGGCGGGUUUAUGUUAGUAUUUACCCACUACAAUUUUUUAAAGAUGUCCACACACUCACAUACCUUUCCCCCUACCACUUCCACACCUUCUCCUAGCUAAGGACUGCUUCCUUGGAGCGGAUCAAACCCUCCCUCUUCUGCUCCCAGCACCUCACAUACAAGGGUGCUAGGGGCUCAGCCAUGUGAUCAUUCUCCCUCACGUGAACCCCAGAGUUGGUCCAGCAUCCCUCCUCAUCCUAUGUUGGCUGGGAUUUGGCUCAGGUCUAGCCCUGGAAAAUCCUAGCUAGCCCUGGAAAGGGGCACCUGAAACUUUCCAAGGUUUACCUAUUUCUCACUGCCUUGGGUUUCGGGGGAGGGGAGUUGCUAAAGAAAUGGGUAUCUAGUGUCUGGGCAGGGUAAGUGAACCUGGUCAGGGAGGUGGGAGGCUGCAGCCCCUAAGCUUUUCUUCUAACAAGGUCCAUGAAAAGCAGACAAGCUGCUGGGAGACCCGAGAGGAGGAAAACCUCAGCCCUGUGCAGGUAGCGUUUGCUGUGGGGAGGUGAGGCUGUACCAGCAGCUUUGGGGCUUCGAGGAGGGUGUUCGCUAAGGUGGAAGGAGACUGCAGGUGACUCGCCAACCACCGCCCAGCGAGCUUGUAAAUAGAACAAAAGCUUCUUGCUGAGGAAACUUGGACCUUAACUGGCUUGGGAGGGAGGGCUAGAUUAAAUGGCUUCUCAGAGUCCCUCCCUGGCCAAGGGUACUCUUGACGUCUGUACAGGCUAGGGAAGCUGUUGGACUGGCCCCUGCUAUGGUCCUACGAGAGAUUCCAUCCAUUCUUGAUAGAAGUGAAAGGGACAGCCACAACCAAGGGAUCUGUCUAGGCUUAACAGGCAGGAAAUGGCCCGAGGGCUAGGGACGAAGCUGCCUAUAAAUGCCUCUUGAGGGGCUGGGAGGUGCCCUCUUUUCGGUCCACCACACUGAGCUAUCUGCUCAUUGCCAUCUGAUGGUACAAAUGAGUGGCUCUGCCAUCCAGGGCAGCAGGUGACCCAGACAGUAGGGAAGUCGGGAGGCCAUUGGGGCAAGGAUGAGAAGCCCGACCGUGAACAGGAGAGAAUGAAGCCAAGGUCAGGGAAGCCUUCGGGGAUAAGGAAGGGGCUUCUUUUGGAUAACCUUUGAGGCAUUUCCGGUGUUCCUUCCAAUCUUGGUUGGGUGAUGUCCUGACUUGAGGAGUAGGAGGUGCCGAGUCCUUCCAGAGAUGAGAUCUUAGAAUCCAAAUGCCUAGUACUGGGAAGCCAUAGAGGUACCAUCUGCAGCUUAUUUUAAAAGCCAUCAUUGGGAACGAUCCCCGGAACAGUCCUUACAAAGCCGUGCCUUCCCCAGCGCAUCCUAGCCUGUACUGUAGCCACGAGCUCAGCGUGGCUAGCCGAGCUAUCCUUCCCUCACGCCUUUUCCUGCAACAGAGGCACCUUUUCUUCUCCUAGUUGUCCAAUAGCCAAUAGGGCUCCUGCGUGCCAGGGGGGACAGCAGUAUCCUCACACCUGUUACGAGUUCACUCUCGCUAGCUGAGACCAUACCUUGCCAGGGAGUCUGGAGUGUGCCUCUUGAACCUGUAUAUGUGGUCCCAGGCUUUGGGAAAGCAAGGCAUUAAAGAAAGCAAGAGAGAGGAGGAGGAGGAGGAGGAGGAAGAGGAGGAAAAGGAUCAAAAAGCUCUGUUCAGAGUCCCAGGUAGCCUCAGAGGCCUAGGGCCCUUAAUUUCUUUAGAGGGGACGCAACCUGCCUUGGCACCAGAUACCUCCAACUUAGCCCCCGGUUUCAGAGCCCGCAUAGCUCUGAGCUCAGGGCUUCACUGGACCACUGAUGACCGUUCUUGUUUAAGUGCAGCUCCUCCACCCCAGCCCACUGUUUGCGCUUGUAGUAGUUAUUUAUUGACUCUGGUAGCAAGCAGUUCUUAAAUAAAGAUGUUUUCUCAA